AUGGCGGACCCAAAUCAAGCUUCAAUACCAAUAGGAGAUUUGCUGGAUUUCCUGAAAGGAGAGAUGGCAGAGCUGAUGAAACAAAUGAUGGUUGAAAUACGACAAAAUCCCUCGCGACCACCUCCACUGAACAGGAUUGAUGACUCAAGUCGAUCAGUACCCUUUGAACAAAGAAACUUAAACAGAGAGCCAACCAAUGCUGAUGAUCUCAGCGUAACAGCAGGGGCAACGAGUCAUGGCGAUGUUGAUAUCAACUCAAUCAUGCCGGUUCCAAUAUUGCAGCGGCCAAAGAUGACUCGGUCUGUUAUGAUUAAACGGUUUGGUCAAGUGUUGACAGGAGGAGCACUAGAUUGGUAUGCAAGCUUGCCCCUAAAUUUGCUUGAAUCCUUUGCGGAUUUGGUAGAUAAAUUCCAGAAGUCACACACUGAAGCAAGGAAAGCAGAUAAAAGAAUGGAAGAUAUAUUCAACAUCAAACAAAGGAGGGAUGAAACUCUACAAGAAUUUGUUCAUCGCUUCCAGAGACACCGCAACACCUUGCCGCAAAUUGAAGACAAAUGGGCUGGGAUUGCAUUCCGACAUGCAUUACAUCCCGAUGGAACACUGAGAAGAGAACGUUAUGAUCCAUAUUAUUCACGAGGAAGCUGCGAAGGUACACGAAGAAAUAAUCAAUAUCGGCAUAGAUCACCACCAGCAGCAGGAACUUCCCGAGGAAAUUACAACACCAGAGCUCCAAAACUCACGAACUAUAAUUUCUGUGUUUCGACAUCAGAAGUAGUUGCGGUAUUGGACAAAUUGGGUAAUAGGGUCAAAUGGCCUGGGAAAAUAAAAUCGGAUCCUAGUAAAAGAAAUCUAGAAUAUUUCUGUGAAUUUCAUAAAGGACAUGGUCACAAGACCGAGGAUUGCCAUGCAUUGCGAUUAGCAGUUGCUGAUCUUUUAGAGCAUGGGCAUUUGACGGAGUUGCUUUCGAAGAAAGGCAAACAAGCGUAUUAUCGGAACAGGGAGCAAAGAGCGCCACCACCGUUUCCCAAACCAAAGCAAGUAGUUAAUUUUAUUACAAGUGGUGCAGAUAUCAACAUUAGGCGUGAAGUUCAAAAGAAUAACAACCAGAAGUGA